AUGCGAGGAGGAGCUGAUGGAGGUGGAAGCCAGGAAAGGGGCAAUGUGAAGAAACGCGAUCUGGACGACGCGCUCCGAGAUGGCCUUGGCGCGCGGGGCCAGGACACAAAGAGAAGACGUACACCAGGACACGCUCACCAUGUCGACGAGCAUACGCGGGACUCGUCCAAUUUCAACUGCAGCACACAAGAUGUCAAGAAGAACAGCAUACAGAAAACUUCCAAUUCCUGGAUGUUCUUAUCCGGCCCGUCCGGCUUGCGUCCACUGCAGACGCAACACUCCUCACGACAGCCUAGCACUGUUGGGUCAGCCCCUGAGGCUUCAGGGGCAUCAAGGGCUCUACGGGCCUCAGAGGCCACCAAACCUGCUAGGACUAAGGGCAUUUUCAGCGCCCCUGACCACCACAAGUUGAAGCUCGAUACCCUCCGUAAUGGGCCACCAACCUCGUCCAGCACUUCAUCUGACACAUCGUUGAUUCCUGCCCGCUUUACCGAAACACUGCCCGCCUCUUCUAAGGGUCUGCCCACAUCGUCUCUCCAAUCUUUGAGAUAUGGUUUCUCACGAGCAAAUCGAACAGCUGCAGGGGAGGGCAACUCACUGGGAAAGGAUAGGCCCGGCCAGGUGGGCCAUUCCCACAACACGGGACACCUUGUCCUUAGCCAAGGCAGGCAAACUGGUACAGAAGACAAGGCCUUGCCGUCGCAUCAUAUCAAGGGGAAAAAGAAGCAACCCUACGACUACGACCCGAGUGAUGAUGAUUCAUAUGUCGACAAUGACGGGGAUAGCGUGGACGACGUUGACGAGAAGCUUCCCAGUACACGUCAAGGCAGCGCUCGUAUGAAAGCUCGCAUUGGCAGUGGCGAGCCCUCCAGCAAUGGUUACUAUGAUAACUUGGAUAACAACCACGGCACUAGACCUGUUUCCUAUGACAAGACACCAUCUGGAAAGGACUAUCAUGAAUACCCAGAUCAAUAUGGGACAAUGCACUUUACGAAAUUCGUUCUCUUUCCUGAUAAUUAUAGCCUGAGACCCAUGCGUGGCUCCGGGAGCCUCCCCUUCGGCUGCCCUUCAAGUCACAAACGGAGUGAAUUCAACGAUAAUUUGGAUGAGGAAGGCACCCUGGAAUUUGUCCGCUCUAGGCUGGAUUCCGAGCCUGGUACACGGUCUAUCAUAGUUUCUCAGAACCCACGUCACCCUCCGUCUCUCACUCAUCAGACUUUCACAUUUCGAAGAACUAGGGAGAACGAAAUCGUUAAGCCCACAGAUGUCGAAACUACGACAGCUAACUCCACUGGUUCUCGUGGCUACGAUAAUGUCCCAAGCAAAGCCUGGACUCCCCCUGAUCUCCAGCACAGCAGUCCUUUGGCUUCUGACGAUCAGGAUAAUCAGUCAACAACCUCUUUGAAUCUUGAAACUUCUAUGGCUGAGUCCAAAGUCUGGGCUUAUGUCUCUCCUUUGGUCCCGAGGACUUGGACUGCGUCCGUCACGGACGAGCUUGAGACAAAAGCAUUUAUCCAAGCUAUCUCCUUACCACUAAGGAACAAGUUGGAUGAGGCAUGGCUUGAGGGAACCAAAAGAUCCCAUCAAAGGAUAUAUCGUGCGCUGAUGAGUGUUAUCAUCCAGGCCAUUGGAGUCAAGGCUCAAUGUAAGCCGUGUGAGCUCAAAAGUCCAGAAAGGCAGCGCAACUGCAAAAUCCUGCCCCCGGAGGCUAAGGGCAUGCGGGAGCUUCAGGAAGUCUGUGGAUCACAAUGCGUGAACUGCUACUUUUUCCAGGCGACGAAGCCUUGCGAGUUUCCAGCCUCGACCAGCAUGACCAAGCAGACUCCGAUCCCAGUUCCAGUUCCAUCAGUGAUGCGCCUACCACAAAACACGGAGCGCGUGCUAGCUCCACCUCCUACCUCACAUCGUCCCGCUCCUCCAACAGUCAGUCGCCCACAGGAUCGUUCGUACUCUUCGUACAAAGCCACUGUCGCGGACAAACCCAUCUCAGAGAGCCCUGUUCCGGUUCCUCUUUUUGCAAAUCGAGGUCCAACCCCCCUAGUCCAAGUGCCAUUCUCAUCUAAUGUUUCCUUGGACAACCCAAAAUCAAAAAUGCCCCGCCGCUCGGAACGUAUCAUCAAGACAUACAGCGACUUUUUUAACAACAUUGACAUUGCGGACUACCAUACAGACGAGGCGGACUCACAUCCUACCUCUUCCGCUGUCUCGAUUGCUGGGACCUCAAAGACCACCUUGACGUCUCGCGGAUCGGGCGCCAGGGAGUCGACAACAGUUGCUUCAACACUAUCGAGAGGCGAGCUCUCCAUUUCACAACUACUAGGGAAAGCAUUCAGCUUAUUCGGCGAAAUCAGCCAGCUGCCUGGCGACGAACAAGCCACCGUUUGGCAUAAGAUACAACAGAUGGCUGGAAUGCUCGAGACAGGCAGGGGCACAGCCACAAGGGCUUCCAAUGCCCACAGCACCUCUCCAUCGCUGCUACCAUUCUCCUCUGCGUUAGCCGAAGAAUGGGAGAUCGCACCAGGCAGGCUUAUGGCUGGGGACAAGCAACUUGCCUUAUCCACGUCCUUCCUCAACCGGGAAAUUAACGAGGUCAAGCUUCAAAAGGCCCACCAACUCAGCCCGACCCAAAGCGUUUUGAACAAGAGUAUCGCAGCUCUCGAUCAGCUGAGUAUCAGACCGGAGGACAACUGGAACUGUGCGUGUUCUGUAAUCAAGGGUGUACUGAAGAUGAAGGUAGGAGACGUGGAGGCGGGGAUCGGGCAGGGCGGUGUCAUUCUCAUCGAGGAGGAAUGCAUUCUCAUGAAUGUUUUGCAUAAGGAGGCGAGGAUUCAGGUGUGGUGGACAAGGACGGAUGACUGA